CUCUGGCAGCGGGGCCUCGGCGCCGGCGGGCGCGGGCGGGCGGGCCGCGGCGGCGCGCGGGGGCCCGGAGGGAGAGCGCCUGGGAGACCCUGGGCGUGCCGGGGGGCUCCACGAGGGAGGAGAUCAAGGCUGCGUACCGCCGGCUGGUCGUCACACAGCACCCAGACAAGCGGCCGAACGAUCCUCGUGCGGAAGCCCGCUUCCAGGAGAUCACCGCUGCAUACCAGGCGCUGGUCGCCGCGCCAGAUGCGGCGGUCGCGGAUCCUGAGGAUCUCACCGGCGAAGCUAGGGAAGCAGCGGACAAAGCCAUCCGGGAAAAGGCUGCAGUGAUUGCGGAAUUGGCAAAGUUCGGCAUUACCCCGGAGUCCGUCGAACGCAUGCCUUUCCUCAUUACCGUGGUCGCGGUCUUCGGUCUGUUGUAUUACGUUGCUUUUGAGACAAGGACUUUCGAGCAGGAGUUUGGUAUUUCCUUCCGUCCAAGCUACAAGCCAGAAGUGGAGCGACUGAAGCGCGGCAAGGAGUUUCUGAAGAAGAGGGGCAUGGUGCCCGAUGCAGACGCUUACACCGAGGAGGAGCGGGCCAUACUUGGCGACUGGGUCUUCCAGAUCGAGCCCGAUCGUGUUCGAUGA